AGUCCCAGCCCAUAGCAGCAGACCACCAGACCAGAGUCAUGAUAACCUGGAGAACAUCUGCUAAACUCACUGGCAGAUCAACUCACACACCAGCUGGGACAACAACACCAAGCUAAGAGUUUGUAGCUGUUGAAAGCAGAGCGAUAACUUGGCUGUGUAUCGUGCGUUGAAGACGGACCCUGUUGAGGUGUGGGUCUCGUCAUCAUGGAUGAGAUGGAGGACAAGACUUCUGUGCGUUCAGACGAGAGUGAUGUUGAAGCGGACCUAAGACAAUCAUCCAAGAUCCAGCCAGAAAACAGAGGAACAUCUAGAUGGAAGAAUGGUCAGUGUGUGCUGGCAGUACCAACCUCCUCCAUGCUGAGCCCCAGGUUUGAUCUGUCGCUCUGCAGGGCUCUGCUGGAGAGGGACGGCUUCCAGAUUCCUGUAGCAGACUUUGAGACACCUCUAGACAUAGCACUGGAUGUGCCAUCGGUCAGGAGAUACCUGUUCCUUAACUCUUCUCUCUUCCACUUCAUCAUGGCACCGAUUCUAUUUGUGGUGAUAUGGUGUGCUGUGUUCUCCACUCUUCAUAUGUAUCUCUCGGUCGCUGACUGGGUCCUCUGCCUGUCUGUCAGUCUGGUCUCCAUCUUCCUCACCACAUUCAUCAUCGUCAUCCUCCACUAUAGUAACAAGGAGAUAAACAUCAACAUUGACGUGCGACUCAUCCAGGUGAAUGAGAGGCUGAGCCAACAUAUGCUGCUGGUGGGCGUGGCUGACUGGGUGCAGAGCUGCACUGGGACUCUACAGCUGUUCAUUGUGUACUGGGAUACGGCCCGCUGCUUGAGGACACUGACUGAAACUCUAGAGGAGAUGAGCUUUGUCGGAGACGAGGCCCAGAAGAGACUCAAGAAGAGAAUGUCCCACCUUGUCCUGGUGUCAGAGGUCAUGACCCUUGACCCUGUGGCGGUGGGGUCAAGUGUUAAUGAAGGUUCUGAUGAGGAAAGGCCCCUCUUGAUGAACGAUGAGACUGGAGGCAGUACCUCAACCAGCCAGAGGGAGGACACCAAACUCACUACUAACUACAUUUUGGUACCAGACCAAAUACUACCAGCUCAGGCCAAAGCACUCCAACUUCUACUGACCUACGGUGCGGUGUAUGUCAAGCUGUUGGUAUCUGAAAAGCUGCCAAACUCCACACACCGCCCCCUACACCACAGGAGGAAUCACUGCACCACUGCCUCCCUUUGUCUCUGUCAGUAUAUCAAAACCAAGGUCCUGGGAUUAUAAGACUGGGACACAGAAAAGCUGAUGCGUUCCACUUUAAAUAAUAUGUUACUGUAGGACAAUAGAAUAUUUGCACUGACAAUGUACAAGUCACGAUUUAGUACCCACUUGUGUACAUUUUGCAUUAAAAUUAUACAAACAAUAAAUAUA